ACUAGAGAGAGAGAGGGAGGAUUAGAGAGAGUGUGUCUCAGUCUGUAAGCCGGUCAUCCUCCUGAAUGACUGUGGCGCAGACAGACAGCCCUCCCCCUGCAGAUGCCUGCCUUGAUGGUGAAUGAGUCUCCAGGAACCUACUGCGUUGCCGUUUUCUCAGAGGACACAGAGAACACUUCUCCUGUCAGAGAGCCAGCAAAGGACCAUCGAAAAGUCAAACAAAUGGAACAGGAGCAUCUAAUAGGGCAGAAGGAUCAACUGCACCUGCUGCCUCUUUCUCUUCUCUCUCAAGGACCGGGGAUUGAGUGAAAGCCUCUUGGUAUAGGUUAAUUGUUUGUUUGUGAGGUAGUAAGAUGGAGCCUGCAAGCUGUUGGUGUAUCAUAUGAUGGAGAGAGUGAUCACUCUAGUGACAUCUGGACCCCUCACCAGGACUGACGCAUCAAAGGACUAGACUGUUGGGGUUUUCUGAGUUUGUUCCAUUCACUCUCAUUUCUUCUGGGGUAAAGGAGUAUUCUAAGGUCAAGGACAUGGCGAGGACAGAACAAGAACAACGCCUAACUUUAAGAGGACUUUAAUCAAGUUCACCCACUUUUCAGGGUCCAUUGUUACUACUUCAUAGUCACCAGCUUUGUUGUAAUGACCUUUCAUGAAUCACAGAAAGCAACAUUGCAGUGAAGUCAAGCUCCCACCUGUGAGGUAAGCGGCAGAGACACUAGCUUGUGGUGCCUACUGGCGAAAGAACCAAGUACUUGUCUGUGGAUCUCAGGCUGUCACUGUCCACCCCCCGGCCCUUUAUCCCUACCAGUCAAGCGUUUGAGUAAUGGGGUAAGUGUGUACAAUCAUGGUGGUGACUCGGCUGGAACUGGAGCUGUGCUACCAGGGGAAGAAGUUGCGUGGCUUCACCUGUAAGCUGACCCGCUCUGCCCAUGGCUUCCUGCCUGAGAGCUCCUGGCAGAUCGCAGCCCAGGUGCUGCUGCCAUACCUGGUGGCUGGACUGGGAAUGGUCUCCGCUGGCAUCAUCAUGGAUAUUGUUCAACACUGGGAGGUGUUUAAGGUCAUCACAGAGAUUUUCAUCCUGGUUCCAGCUCUGGUGGGACUGAAGGGCAACCUGGAGAUGACCCUGGCUGCUCGCCUCUCCACUGCAGCUAACACUGGACAGAUGGAUGACCCCAAGCAUCAGUGGACGAUGGUGUGCAGCAACCUGGCUCUCAUUCAGGUUCAGGCCACGGUGGUGGGUUUCCUGGCUGCCGUGGCAGCCAUAUUACUGGGGGCCAUGUCUAGAGGUGGGGUGGAGCUGGACCAAGCUGCUGUGCUCUGUGCCAGCAGCAUCAUCACUGCAUUCGUGGCAGCACUGUCUCUAGGUCUGGUAAUGAUUGGGGUGAUCAUUGGCGCCAGGAAAGUGGGCAUCAACCCAGACAAUGUGGCCACACCCAUCGCUGCCAGUCUGGGAGAUCUAAUCACACUGUCCCUGCUGGCUGGAGUCAGUACUAUACUCUACCAGUACCGAGACGUCUGGUACCUGUCUCCCCUGUUGUGUGUGUUCUUCCUGGCUCUGAUCCCUCUGUGGGUGGUGGUGGCCCGGAAGAGCCCUCAAAUCAAGGAGGUCCUCGUCUCUGGCUGGCAGCCUGUCCUCGUAGCCAUGUCUAUCAGCAGUUUUGGGGGACUCAUAUUGGACAAGACUGUUAGCGACCCUAACUUUGAGGGGAUGGCCGUCUUUACACCCGUCAUAAAUGGUGUCGGAGGAAACUUGGUGGCCAUCCAGGCCAGUCGGAUCUCAACCUACCUUCACUUCUGGAGCAUGCCUGGAGUCUUGCCCUAUAAGAUGAGACAGCACUGGCCCAGCCCCUUUACUACCUUCUUCACCUCAGGUGUGAACUCCAAGUCAGCGAGGGUGUUGUUCCUAUUGGUGGUUCCGGGCCACCUGGUUUUCCUCUAUACCAUCUCUCUGCUCCAAGGCGGCCACACUGCCCUCACUGUUACUUUCAUCGUCUGCUACCUGUCUGCUGCCCUUCUCCAGGUGGGCAUCCUCCUCUAUGUGGCUGACCUGAUAGUCCGUCUGAUGUGGAGGAGGAGUCUGGACCCAGACAACUUUUCCAUCCCCUACCUGACAGCCCUGGGAGACCUGCUGGGGACCGGCUUCCUGGCUUUGGUCUUCCGCUCCGUCUCACUCAUGGAGGGGCUGGGAUUCUGAAAGGGAUGGAGGUCAUCGGUCUGCUACAGGCCUCUCUGUGCUGUGCCUUCCCAGACAAGGGGUCUGUAUCAUCUCCCUGCCCUGCCUCUCCUCUGCCUUCACCACUGGAGGGAGUUACUCUGCUGGGCAUGGGGAUGGCAGUGUGACUGACUGACUGCACGCACACUCACUCACUCAGCUUACAGUUCAUCAGGAAGUGUGAGUCAUUUCAAACAUCAGAAAGUAUGGGUUGAUGGGACAAACCACAAACUCAUCCAGGUCCUAUUUCACACACCCCACAUGUCACUUGUGAAUGUGAGACAAUGGAAAAAUCAACACACUAAAUGGAACUUUUUCUGAAAUUAGGGAACGGUUAUUGAUCGAUAAUGGGUGCAUUGUAUGUUGGUGUAUGAAAAUGAAUUUUAACUUGUUUACAGUAUUUCUGGAUGUAGAAUGCAGAGUGGGGCUUGGCAACAUCCCUUUCAUUAUAGACAUAACUCAAAAAACCUUACUUGACUGGUAACUACAGGAACAUUCUGUUGUAGACCGAAGUAGAAUCAUCUUCAUACAUCACCACCAAUGCGUAGCUUGAAACUACUGCACCCAUUGAAAUUGCAACUAGGGUGUGGGAGACAACUGGACCUGUGAAUGUAUCAAGGCUCGAACAUAUUUGAAGGCAAUCAGUAUUAUUUUGUGAUUUUUCUAUGAGCAGCUUACUGUCACAGUGUUAAGUUAAAUAUCUGCAAAAGAAACUUUUAAGGGAGGCACUUCUUAAACCAGAGUUAAGUUACCGUUGGCAUGUCAUCAGUAAUGUGAGAUGGGGUAAGGGCAAAACAUUGAAACUGUUCUCAAAUCUGGUUCAAGGUGUUAGGCGUCUUAUCACAUAUGACAGGACGGGACACGGUAUCAUAGCAAAGUGCCUGAUAAAGUGUUACUAAUGUUUGUCACAUCUUAAUGUUCAGCAGCAAUCUUAAAUGCAAAAACAAAACCUUAAAGUACACAGUAUCUGUCAAGUCCGUGUAUCAUGAAUGUUACAUGUCGGGUGUGUUUUGUAUAAUCACAAAUGUCUAUUUAAAGAGAAGGUAGCUUUAUUUAAAACAUUGCAAUGUCCCCAUUCACAUGCCUUCUGUACGUUACAACUGUAGUGCCCUCACACAUGGUUAAGGGGCUUGAUCAUAAAAAUGAAACGAAAAAAACGAA